GGGGGUUGAAAACACGAUCAGUACUGAAUCGGCCAGUGUGACUCUGAUGGGGCAUCAUGGGGCAAGGCACUUCUGUCGAGGCGGAGGUCGCGCGGAGGGAGACCUACGGCUUCAGCCAUGAAGAGUACGCUGAACUGCAGAAGCGCCUGGCCGUGACGCCGUCCACACAAAGAGUGGAGCUGGCUGAUUUUGUGAGAUGGUUCCCGGUACAUCUUCGCUCCUUCGUGCAGCCCUUGUUUUGCUACCUGGGCAAGGAGCGGGUGGGCGAAGGGUCUGCAGCGUGGUCUGCCCUCGCGCAGGGCCUCGGUCGCGUGGUGAAGUCCGGAGUGACCUGGAAAGAGUUGCUGCAGGUUUGGACAGAGCCAGCCGAGGAGGUCCGCUCUCCAGGUGUCGCAGCUCCGGAGCUGGAGCUCUGCCUGGAGUUGGCCGUCUCCCUGUGCUAUUGGUGUGCCGUGUUCAAACGAGAGGCCGAAGAGUCGACAGGUCCGAGUCGACUGGUGGCUGCUCUGAGGAACGCUCCGAUGGACUCCUUGAGUUCGUUAUCUUCCUGGCUUGAAGGCCAUCUUCCCAUGCUCCCCAAAGCCGUUGCUUCUUGCUUGGCACAGUCCUUGACCGGCUCAGCAGGGAUCGAGCCACCUCCGCUACCCGAGAGCCGCAUCCUGGAGGUGGGAACGUCCUUGCUUUUGCGGAGCUGCACUGCGAGACUCUGGGAGUCCGAGGCCUGGCAACCCCUCUACCGCGACUGGUGCGAUGGCCGAUCCUUCAACGCGCUGCUGAAGGGUGCCCUCUUCUACGAUGGCCCUGCACUGCUGCUCUUGCAGACGCCUGAGGGCCAUGUCCUGGGUGGCCUCUCCACGGUCUGGAGUGACAACAACGGCAAGUUCGCGGGUUCCACCGAAUGUUGGCUGUUUGCACUGCAACCCUCUCUGGCCGUGUGUAAGAGCACCAGCAGCUCAGGGAAUUACUUCUACCUCAACUCGCGCAACAAGUAUGCUCCGCGGGGAGUAGGCUUUGGUGGUCAGCAAAACUUUUUCAGGCUCUGGGUGGAUGCCGAUUUGGAAGAGUGCUACGUCCUCGAAAGUGACGCGACCUACUCCUCCGGCUGGCUGCUGCCCUCGGCAGGUGAUCGCUUGCAGACCCCUUUCCAGGUGGCCGUGCUCGAGGUGUGGGGCUGCGGCGGGCCAGAGGUGGGAUUGACUGCGGUCGUCCCAGUGAAAGACUGGGGAUGGAUGGGCUGUGUCUCCAUGCCCGGAACAGUCGAUGAAAGGUGAUCAUGAUAUGGUUUGAAAGGCCUGCAUCUGAACCAUCCAUCAUCAUCCACCUGGGCCCAAAGGAAUGGAUGGGGGAAUGGGAUAUCGGAUAUACCCAAGGGAUGGAAUUCAACUGCGUAUUCUUGGCAUUGCUGCAUCAGGGUGACCCUACGAUCAGAGGAUUGGCGUAUGUUUCUUGGGUCGAGGGGACCGAGGGUCGGUGUGUUUCUGACACCAGAGAGCCUUUGUGUUGAUUCGUGAUGUCAAGACAAGCCCAAAGUGUGGUUCUGCAGUGAUGAGAAUACACCAUCAACAUCAAAGUAUGUCAAUGUACUCAACGUCAUUCCUAUCUCCA